CUUUACUGAAGUAGUAGUAGUACCACAAUGUGUACAAAUACACAAGUACAAGUCCUAGAUUCAAAGGUUCACUUAAGUAAUAGAAAGUUCAUACACAGUUAGUGUAACCUUGAGCUAUAAAACUCAUAAAUUUACUAUCUACUUCUCUGUGUACUUCAUUUACUAUUCUGUUGGAUUUCCCAGUAGUUACAUCACAAACCAGUGGUGGGCUGUAACUGGGCGCCAGUUUCUAAGCUAUAUUUAACCCAAAUAAAUGUCACAUGUUGGGGCUACACGUGCCGAAUUUACCAGGAGACCCGAAUAAUGUUUAAUAUAUAUUUAAUCAGCUUUGACAAAAUGUGUACUUGUCCGAGAAUGGCACCAUUUGAAAACGGCGGAUUUUUAAUGGAGUUGGACGUAAGGAAGCUGCUGCAGGGGCGUGUUUUCAGCCAAAGCACUGACUCGGCUUUGGACGAGGAGCUACAGGACGUAACGUUUCACACUGCGGCAUCUCAGCAACGGUCAGGUGAUGACGUGACCUCAGAGCUGCCACAGCUGUCAGUGAUGGAGGGCCUGUGGUGUGUGGCUGCAGGUGUGUUCCAGGUGUGGAUGUUUGUGGUGGUGUUCCUCAUCAUGCUACCUGCCAUGUUCGGGGUCUCCCUGGGUGUCACUGGGGUCUACAUCCAGGUCCUGGUCAAGAUCCUUGAGUGGGCCACGAUACGAAUCCAGAGGGGCCAGAAGGAGCAGCCCGGUGUGCCCGUCCCUCUGCCCGCUGGGAUCAUUGAGCGAGCGGCGGGCUCAAUGGAGGAGGAGAUGGGGCAGCUGCAAAGCCCCCGCUCCCUGGAGGGGGGGCACUUUGCUCUGAGCGACGCCUUCUAUUUCUACAAGAAGGGCAUGGAGAGCAUCGUGGACGACCAGGUGAUCCAGCGCUUCUCCUCCGAGGAGCUGGCCUCCUGGAACCUCCUCACACGCACCAACCAGAACUUCCGCUACAUCAGCCUCCGCCUCACUGUCAUCUGGGGCCUCGGGGUCUUCGUGCGCUACUGCAUCCUCUUACCCCUGAGGAUGACUCUGGCCAUCAUCGGCCUCUCGUGGCUCGUCGUCGGCACCACCCUGGUUGGAUGUCUGCCUGACAGCAGUGUGAAGGACUGGCUCAGUGAACUGGUCCAUCUGACCUGCUACAGGAUCUGUGCCCGGGGGCUGUCGGCCACCAUCCACUACCACAACAGGGAGAACAAGCCUCAGAAAGGAGGGAUAUGUGUAGCGAACCACACCACUCCGAUCGAUAUGGUGAUCCUGGCCAACGACGGCUGCUACGCCAUGGUGGGUCAGGUCCACGGGGGUCUGUUGGGGGUCCUUCAGAGGUCCAUGGUGAGGUCCUGUCCUCACGUCUGGUUCGAGAGGUCGGAGAUGAAAGACCGCCACGCCGUGACCAGCAGGCUGAGAGCGCACGUGGCAGCGAAGACCAAACUUCCCAUCCUGAUAUUCCCUGAAGGAACCUGCAUCAACAACACCUCAGUCAUGAUGUUUAAGAAGGGCAGCUUUGAAAUAGGAGGGACAGUCCACCCCGUGGCAAUCAAGUACGACCCCCGGUUCGGUGACGCUUUCUGGAACAGCAGUAAAUACAACACGGUGAGCUACCUGCUGCGGACGAUGACCAGCUGGGCCGUAGUCGUCAACGUGUGGUACCUCCCUCCCAUGACCCUACAGCAGGACGGGGAGGACGCCGCUCAGUUCGCAGACAGAGUGAAAUCUGCCAUCGCUCGUCGGGGAGGACUGCUGGACCUGGCAUGGGACGGAGGGCUGAAAAGAGCGAAGGUGAAGGACAGCCUUAAAGAAGAGCAGCAGAGGAUGUACAGCAGCAUCAUAGUUGGACAGAGGGCCGUGGAAGGGUGGAGUGAAGACACUGAGCAGCAGUAAAACGGAAUCUUCUGAAUCUGGAGGAAGCCUCAGCUGGAGUGUGUCUGCACCAGCAGGGGGCAGUGUACGACAAGGGAACACCCCAGGCCUGGAAACGCCACUCCUGCUGUUCAGACACCACGUCCACUGUGUCCUGCCUUUAUCACCAUCUGUAUCACCGUGCUUGUUCUUCUUGGUGUGUGUGUCUCCAUCUACUAACCUGCACACACACACACACACACACACACUUCAUCCACCUUCAUUUUCUUUUUCUUCUGAUGCAAUAGAACAUGACAAAGGCACGAGACUGGGCAGAAGAAACUGUUCACGACAUCGACUGACUGAUGAGUUACUGUUCUGUUUGCAAACACAUAAACACAAAUCAUCACACUGCGGGAGCUGGAACAGGCACAUCAGCGACUCCAGAGAUGAACUGACUACCAAAAUAGUUCAUUUUAAUAAAUUAAUUGAUUAAUCAACUGAUAGUUUCUAGCAUCAAUACCAUGUGAUCUGCAGCAACUCCAGUGAGAACAUGAGGGUGAACUGGUCGAGUCCAAAAUAAGAUGUGUUGUGAGGACGUUAAUAAAAGAAAUGUAGGAGAGUAAGACAGUAAAUCAUCAUUUUUAUAAUGGCAGGUGUGUGUGUGUGUGUGUGAGAGAGAGAUUCACUUCACCAGGAAUCAGUCCAUCAGGCUCUACAGGUGUGAAGCACUGAGCAGCCAGUGAACUCCACAGAAAAUGUGUCAGGUUUGAGGUUUUUUGGCAGAAGGAAGAGUCCACACUGUUCUUUAUCCUGUAUUCACUGUAGUGUCAUAUAAAACCCAACGUGCACAGACAAAAGUC